AUGGGUGAGCUUGUAAAUGCUGCAAGAACAUUAGGUGAAACAGGAAAUUUUGUAGAUGGUUUUAAAAGACUUGUUUCAAAUGUUUUAACAAACACAAAGAAAUUAUUUAGAUAUACCGUACAUAACGGACGGAUUUUCGAACAGAUAGCAACAAACCCUCCUGUUAUGGCUGCGUUGAUGAUGGUUAGAGAUAUAAAACCACGUAACGACGGGAACGAAGAACAUGAACAACAGGAUACUGGUCGGGUUAUUCGAGACAUUAAAAACGUGUAUCCUGAAGUUAUUGAUUUAUUUAGAGGUGUUAAUGAUUCAAUUUCAAAUCAUUCUAUAACCCUUGAUGAAGAGAAUAAAUUAACAGAUUAUAUAUUCGUCAUUAUUGCAGAAUUAAUGAAGAGAAUAAAUGAAAAAGGAAUUGGCGAUAUCAUUAAUGUCAGUGAUGUAAUGAUGAAAAGAAAUUUUGACUCAUUAUUUACAAAACCGAAAACAGAAUAUAGUCUUUAUGACGUAAUUACCGAAUUAAUGAAAAAGAUUAAUGAUAAUAAGAGUUCUGGCGGAAGAGUUGAAUUAGAAGUGAAUGAGAUAGAAGAGAAAUUAGAUAGUAAGGCAGAUAAAAACCAUGUUCAUUAUAUAAGUUCAGACGAACAGAUUAUAACGGACUACCAUGGAUAUUUAACACGAAGUGAUGAAGUGAAGACGGAAGAUGUUAAUGAAAGAAGAUAUAAAUACAUUCGUGCUAAAGGUUAUGACAUAAGCUGUACUGUACAGUAUGACACGGGUAAAGCACCAGAAGCAUUUA